CACAGUUUUCCCAAACAAGUCUCCUUCAAACCAAAUGAAAACCUAUAAUAUAUCGAAUAUUGGAAAAAUAUUGUGAACAUGUCUUUUGAAAUCAAUUUAGUGUUGAAUUUGCUUUUUAUUUCGAGUAUUAGUAGCUCUGCCAUCGAAAACCGAGCACCCCACAGCCCCCGCAGGUUCCCCGAGGGCUUCCAAUUCGGCGCCGCGACGGCCUCCUACCAAAUAGAGGGCGCCUGGGACGCCGACGGCAAGGGAGAAGGGGUGUGGGACCGCUUCACCCACGAGGAUCCUACUAGGGUGCAGAACCAGGAAAAUGGGGAUGUGGCUUGUGAUUCCUACCACAAGUACAAGGAGGAUGUCAGAUUGGCGGCCGAGAUGGGGUUGCACCACUACAGGUUCUCUAUAUCUUGGCCAAGGAUCCUCCCUACUGGCUACGAGCACAAGAUAAACGAAAAGGGCAUCCAGUACUACCAAAACCUAGUAGCAGAAUGCCUGAAAUACGGCAUUCAACCGGUGGCAACCCUCUACCACUGGGACAUGCCUGUCACCAUCCAAGACUGGGGCGGCUUCAUGAAUCCGGACAUCGUUCCUCUCUUCGUCAACUACGCCCGGAUAGCCAUCCGGAGUCUUCCGGGCGUGGCCAACUGGAUGACGAUGAACGAGCCAAAGCUGAUCUGCACGAGGGGGUACGGGGAGGGGGCUUUCGCUCCGGGGGUGAAGAACACGGGGUUCGGGGAGUACCGAUGCGCGUAUGUGCUGCUCAAGGCUCACGCUGCUAUCUAUCGCAUGUACAAAAAGGAGUUUCCGCAUUACAAAGCACCAAUGUCCAUCGUCUUAGACGGUGAAUGGAAUGAACCAGCAUCGAAUAAAACUGAGGAUAUCGAAGCAGCUCAAAGAAGAAACCAAUUCGAGUUCGGCAUGUACGCCAACCCGAUCUUCAACGGCGACUGGCCCCAAGAACUCAUCGACAGGGUGGAGGAACGAAGCAAGAUGGAGAAGUUCCUGCAAUCUCGCCUGCCGAAAUUCACCCGCAAAGAAAUCGAAUUCAUCAAAGGCACUUGGGACUACAUGGGCUUCAACACUUAUUGGACCAAUCUGGUGGCUGACGACGAAGAACCGCCUUAUGACAGUCCUCCUAGCUACAUUAAUGAUAUCAGAGGGAAGUUGAGCAAAGAUCCAAGCUGGAAGGUGGCACCUUGCGGAUUUAACAUGGUACCAUGGGGUGCAAGAAAGAUGUUGAAGUGGGUCAAGGACACCUACAACAACCCACCAAUUUUCAUUUCUGAAAACGGUGUUUGUGACGAUGGAACGUCUCUGGUUGACUACGAUAGAAUCACAUUUUUCCAAGACUAUCUAAGCGAGAUUUUGAAUGCAAUAUACAAAGAUGGAGUCAACAUUUACGCUUUUACAGCAUGGAGUCUCAUAGAUAACUUCGAAUGGAUAACUGGUUAUAGUGCGCAUUAUGGAUUCUAUCACAUCGACUUCAAUGAUCCUGAGAGAAAACGCACACCCAAAAAAUCUGUGAGGUAUUUCAGCGACAUCUGUAAGACUGGGAAGCUGCCUAGACGUGAAGAUUUAAUAUCAUAUUUGGAUUAAUUGUAGGAACCUAUUGUCGAAUAUAAAUAUCAAUAAAUGAUUUGGAGUUUUUGAAUCAACAAUGUUGCCAAACUUGCACCGUAUUAACA